CAAGCCUUGGAAAUUGCAAAAGAACGAAGAGCUCAAGAUCGGGAGACAACGGCAUACCUUGGGUUAGGAGAUAUUUAUAGAUUAAACAAUCAGUUUGAAACGGCAAUUAAAAACUAUGAGCAAGCCUUGGAAAUUGCAAAAGAACGAAGAGCUCAAGAUCGGGAGACAACGGCAUGCCUUGAGUUAGGAGAUGUUUAUACAUUAAACAAUCAGUUUGAAACGGCAAUUAAAUACUACGAGGAAGCCUUGGAAAUUGCAAAAGAACGAAAAGAUCAAGAUCAAAAGACAACGGCAUACCUUAACUUAGGACAAGCUCAUAGAUAG